GAUCUGCAAUGUAAAGGUCAGAACUGAGAAAAUAGCUGCUUUAUACUGCUACUUUUGCAAAACUUUUUUCUGACUAUCUAGAAUGGCUUGGCUUGAUAUCGCAGCUAAAAAGUUUGGAUUCCCCAGUAUUGAGCUGUUUGUGAAGGCAGGAAAUGAUGGGGAAAGCAUUGGCAACUGUCCCUUCUCUCAGAGACUCUUCAUGAUCCUUUGGCUAAAGGGAGUCAUCUUUAAUGUCACAACAGUGGAUCUCAAGAAGAAACCAGCUGAUUUGCAAAACCUUGCACCAGGAACCAACCCACCUUUUAUGACCUUUAAUGGUGAAGUGUUGGUGGAUGUUAACAAGAUUGAGGAAUUUCUCGAGGAAAGGCUUAUACCACCACGGUAUCCAAAGUUGGCUGUUAAACACCCAGAGUCAAACAUUGCGGGAAUAGAUGUAUUUGCCAAGUUUUCUGCCUAUAUCAAGAACUCUCGCAAAUAUGCAAAUGAUGGCUUGGAGAAAGCUCUGUUGAAAUCCCUGAAGAAACUGAAUGACUACUUGCAGUCUCCAUUGCCAGAAGAGAUUGAUGCCAACAACCCUGAUGACCCAGGACCAUCAACACGCAAUUUCCUGGAUGGACCAGACCUAACUCUGGCUGACUGCAACCUGCUUCCCAAACUACACAUCAUCAUGAUUGUUUCAAAGAAGUAUAGAAAUUUUGAGAUUCCAGCUGACAUGAAAGGGAUUUGGCGAUACCUGAACUCUGCCUACCAGAGAGAAGAGUUUACCAACACUUGUCCUGCAGAACAAGAGAUUGAGUUUAGCUAUUUGAAUGUUGUCAAAAAGUUAAUAUAAGUUUGGUGCUUGGAAAGAUUGGACAGAGAUGUGUGGAGUGUACUUAAAGUACAGACUACAGAAAGAGCGAGAGAGAGAAAGAGAGUGUGUGUGUGUGUGGGGGGGGGUGUUUCAGGUUAGAAUUAGGUUUAGGUUAGAGUGAGGGUUGGGGUUAGGUAUAUAAUUGGUUAAGGUUAGGGUAAGGGGCUAGGGAAUGCAUUAUGUCAAUGAGUAUCCCACGAAGCUAGAAGUACAAAAUGUGUGUGUGUGUGUGUGUGUGUGUGUGUGUGUGUGUGUGUGUGUGUGUGUGUGUGUGUGUGUGUGUGCACUUUUUUUUGCAUAUCCUGAAUAGCUCAGCU